AUGCGCGCAGCAGCCAGCUUAGGAAGCAGCGGCAGGAUAUAUAUAUGCUUCAAAACCAAGCGAUCGAUCCAUGUCGCUAUAUAUAAUGACGCGGCCACUGCCGUUGCCCCCGGGCAAUGCAAAUUAAACAUGGCGAUCUGCCAUGCCUGGGUGCUGACGAUCGUCGUCGUCGUCGUAGCGGAAGCUGCUCCUCACCUGCUGGUGCGCGGCGCGAGCGACGGCCCGUCGGCGGCUUCGGCUCCUGGUGGCUGCGACCUGUUCCGGGGGAGGUGGGUGGCGGACAAGUCGUACCCGCUGUACGACGCGUCCGCCUGCCCGUUCGUGCCGGACGUCUUCGACUGCCGCCGCAACGGCCGCCCCGACGACGACUACCUCAAGUUCCGGUGGAGCCCCGGCAACUGCCGGCUGCCCAGGUUUGACGGCGGGGAUUUGCUGAGGAGGUGGCGCGGGAAGACGGUGAUGUUCGUGGGGGACUCGCUGAGCAUGAACCAGUGGGUGUCCCUCGCCUGCAUGCUCCACGCCGCCGCCCCCGCUCCCGUCCGCGCCACCUUCACCAGCGGCGAGCCCGUCUCGGCCGUGCGCUUCGAGGACUACGACCUGUUACUGGUGCUGUACCACACCACGUUCCUGGUGGACGUCGUGCAGGAGGACAUCGGCCGGGUGCUCAAGCUGGACUCCAUGCGGAACGCCAGCGAGUGGCUCGGCGCGCACCUGCUCGUCUUCAACACAUGGCACUGGUGGACCUACAGGGGCGCCAGCCAAGUGUGGGACUACGUGCAGGACGGGAAUAGCACGUACCGGGACAUGGACCGGCUGACGGCCUUCUCCAAGGCCCUCUCCACAUGGGCGCGCUGGGUCGACGCCAACGUCGACGCCUCCAAAACCAGGGUCUUCUACCAGGGCAUCUCCCCGAGCCACUACAUGUCGAAGCAGCAGGAGAGCCAAGCAGGGACGGCACCAGCGGGAGGCGGAGGCAGCUGCCUGAAGCAGACGCGGCCGCUGCAGGAAGCCACGGACGCGGCCGGCGGGGGGACGAGCCUGGCCCCGGUGCAGGCCGUGGUGCGGGGCGUCCUCGACGCCAUGACGGCGCCGGUGUCGCUGCUGGACAUCACGGCGCUGUCGCAGCUCAGGAUCGACGCGCACCCGUCCGUCUACGGCGGGCCGGGGCGGGAUGGCAUGGACUGCACGCACUGGUGCAUCGCGGGGCUCCCGGACGCGUGGAACCACGUCAUGUACGCCAUGCUCCUGCAGCAGAGUUAG